AUGAACAACAAGAAACAAAAGAGAAAAAACGAUCAUAGAUCGAAGAAGCCAGAUGUCAAAGUUGUGUACAUUUCUACUCCGAUGAAAGUUAAGACAAGUGCCUCGAGAUUUAGGUCACUUGUACAAGAACUCACGGGACGGGACUCGGAUAUAGAGAGAAUUAUGGAGACUAAUGGGUCGAUAACGGAGUAUGAAGAUAUUCAUCGUGAACGCGAUGAUUUUAAUGAACUUCCAACAAAGUCGUCAUCACUAUCACCAUCACCAUCAUCGUCAUCGUCUUUGCUGCUAGCAAAAUCAUCUAAUUCAUCUCCUAUGAGUUCAGAAUCUAAUAAUUAUUUUAUGGAGCCUAAUUUUGAUGAUUUAUUUAACAGCCAAAUGGAAGAGCAAUUCCUUGCUUUAUUGGCUUCAUCAAAUUAUAAUUUGCCACCUAGUAGUAGUGAUUAUUCAGCUGAGAUUGAUGUACUUGGAAGCUAUGAUGCACUACUUUAG